AUGGAAAAUGCAUCUGUUCAAUUGAAUGAUUUACCUGAUGAAAUUCUUAUGAUGAUUUUUAAAAAAUUACAUAAUAUUACUCUACUUUAUUCUUUAUCAGAUGUUAAUAUACGUUUAAAUAAAAUAGUACAUGACUCCAUUUUUACCAAUCGUUUGACUUUCGUAAAUUUUGUACCAAGUCGUUUGAUUUCGCAAAUAUAUUCUCCAAAAUAUUUUGUUUGUCCAUUACCUGAUUUAGUACUUGAUCGUUUUUGUUCACAUAUAUUAUCUAAAAUUCAUCAAAAAGUAAAAUGGCUUGAUAUUGAAUCGUCAUCGAUGGAACGUAUUCUUUCUACAAAUUAUCCUAAUUUAGUUGGAAUUGCUUUGUAUAAUAUUCACUUAGAAAAUGUUGUACAUCUAUUUUCUGAUGUACGUCUUUUCACUUCUACCUACAAAAAACAAAUUUCAUCACUUGUUAUCGAUAUUAAAGCAAGUGGAGAAGGAAAUCCAACACGAGAUAAAAAUAUAGUUUUAUUUACUCAUAUAUUUAAUACAUUUCCUAAUUUACAAACAUUAAAUAUUGGUCCAUCUUCAAUUUGGUAUCAAUAUUUAUCCUUUGAUAUGUCACCUCCAACUGUUAUCUCUUCGACUCUGUUAGAAUUAUAUGUUUGUUUGGUUAACUUUAGCGAUUGCCUUUAUUUACUUGAUGGACGUUUCAAUCAGCUUCAUACAUUUCAUGUUGAUAUUGAUUUUAUUACUUCUUCGCGUUCAAUAAUCAAUAAUAAGGAAAAACUGCCUAAUCUAAAAUCGUUUAAACUGUAUUGUGAUUUCGAUACAGAGUUUUAUUAUGAAUUAAUUUUACCACUUUUACAUCGAAUGUCGAAUUUAGAAAAACUUGAUUUGGCUCUUAUAGUUUUGACAAAGAAAACACUUAUUGAUGGUAAUAAUUUGAAGUUAAAUAUUAUAAAUUAUUUGCCAUUGUUAAAUAAAUUUACAUUUAAUAUUCAUUCAUCAACUAGUUUUUAUACUAAAUUUAAUUUACCAUCUAAUGAAUAUAUUCAAGAAACAUUCAAAGAUUUUAAAAAUAAACAAAUUAUUUCUUCUAUUGAUUAUUUCGAAGAAAAAGAAUAUAGUCAAUGUCAUAUUUAUUCAUAUCCAUAUCAAUUGAUAUAUUACAAUAAUAUAACAAAUAAUUUUCCAGGUGGAAUAUUUGAAUGCGUUCGUGAAAUAUCAUUAUUUGAUGAACGUUCAUUUGAACAUGAAUUUUUUUUUCAAAUUUUUCAAUCAUUUCUAUUCUUGGAAAAAUUAACUUUAAUUAAUCAAAAACCACAAAAUAAUAAACAAUUAAGAAAAUCAAAAAAUCAAAAUCAAAAUUUAUCAAUCAUUCAAUAUCCUUAUCUUUUGAAACUUGAUAUUUCUGAAGCUCACAAAGAUUAUCACGAACAAUUUUUAUUUGAUAACAAAACAUGUUUACCAAAUAAUGUUCGUGUUAGUAUGAAUUAUCGACUAGUGAAAAAAGUGACACGCAAUUUUCGAAGAAUCACAACACGAAGUAAUUGUGCAAAAAUGAAUUCUGUAAUUUUUCUCGAGAAAUCAAAGUUUCCUGAUCAUUUAAAAGAUUAUUUUCCUCAUGCGCAAAUUUCUUGA